AUGAAUUCUCUUCUGCUUGUCUUGGUGUUGGUCACUUCCACUGUUAUCUGUAAUGCAAAACGGCCAAGUGAAACUCAAUCUGCUUCUAGUUUUCUUCCAUCCACUGGACGUACUUGUGGAGGUAUUUCACCAUUAACUCGUUGGACAAGAACAAGUCGAUCAGAUCAAAUACGAAUGAAUAUUGAUACAAGUAGCUGUCGAUUUGCAAAUACUCCUAUGUAUUUCACAAGCAUAUCAGGUAUUGCUGGUCAUUAUCUUCUUGCUGGUGGCAAUGCUAUCUAUGAACCGACCCCAAAUGGCUUCACUAUUAAUGUUCACUCAACAAACAAUGAAUCAGCCGAUACACUCAUGGCUUGGUCUGCUCAGUAUCAAUGGAACGUCAAUUGGUUCGGUUAUUUACCUUGA